AUGUCCAGCGUCAAACAACUAAUUUAUGGGACAAUAAUACACUCCUUGUCUCUGGACAAACUGCAUAUUAUAAAGAAUGGAUUACUAGGCGUAGACGGUAAUGGAAAGAUUGUUUCAUUGCAAGAGGACGUGGAAACGGAGAAACUGGAUAGUAUUUUGGAAGACCUGGCUGAAGAUUCGAAAUUCAUACGACUAUCCAAAUGGCAAUUCAUAAUGCCCGGUUUUAUAGACACUCAUACGCAUGCCCCUCAGUAUGCCAACGCAGGCACAGGAAUGGAUCUCCCACUACUUGAGUGGCUCGACAAGUACACAUUCCCGUUAGAACAGUCGUUCUCAUCAAUCGAAUUCGCGGCGAAAGUCUACCCUCGCUUCGUCUCCCAUCUGCUUCGCAACGGCACGACGACCGCCGUAUACUAUGCAACGAUUCAUCUGGAAUCUUCAAAGUAUCUAGCAGAAACGGUAAAAGGUAGUGGUCAGCGGGGUUUCAUUGGCAAAGUGAACAUGGAUAGAAACUCUCCUGAAUACUACAUUGAGAAUUGUAAUGAUAGUGUACUGCAUACAGAAGAGUUUGUGAAAUAUGUGCUUGAUCUUGAUGCGGGUCAAAAUUUAGUACAGCCUAUAGUGACUCCGAGGUUUGCUAUUACUUGUUCUGAAAAGCUUAUGAUUGCUCUCGCAGACAUUGCAGCAAAGCAUGAUGUUCCUAUACAAUCUCAUUUAUCGGAAAACACUUCGGAAAUCGCAUUUGUCUCCAAGUUGUUUCCAGACAUAAAGGAUUAUACGUCAGUGUAUGAUCAUCAUAGGUUACUCAAUCAUAAAACGAUCAUGGCUCAUGGAGUGCACCUGACGAAUGAUGAAAGAGAUCUGCUUAAGCAACGCAAUGUUGGUAUAUCACAUUGCCCUAAUUCGAACUUGGCUCUUCGAUCCGGUGUAUGCAAUGUUCGCCAAUUAUUGCGAGAUGGUAUCAAAGUCGGUCUCGGGACUGAUAUAAGCGGUGGAGGAAGUAAGACUAUCUUGGAUGCUAUGCGUAGUGCAAGUACAGCCAGUAGAGUUAUUGCUAUGAGAGAUGGGAAUGAGGAUCAUCUUAAAUUAUCCGAGUUGGUUUUCUUGGCUACAAUGGGCGGAGCAGAGUUGGUUAAUUUGCAGGACAUCAUUGGGAAUUUUGAAGUCGGGAAGGAUUUUGAUGCACUUUUGAUCGACCCUUGUGCAGAAGGAUCUCCCAUCGAUAUUUUCGACAUAGACGAUAUCGGGCGUGUAUUUGAAAAGUUUAUAUUUUUAGGUGAUGAUAGAAAUAUUAUAGACGUAUUUGUUAAAGGACGUAGAGUUUCUGGUAUAUAA